AUGUCUUAUCCUGAGGAACCUCUCGACCUUCCCCCAACCGAGGGUGGCGGCUACUACCCAGCCAACAUUCGCCAGAAACUUAAUGGAGAUAAAUACGAAAUCGUACGCAAGCUCGGGUACGGCCCUCGAUCAUCGACAUGGCUUGUCUGGGACUCUCGCGAUGCCGACUACUUCGCGGUGAAGAUAUUCACGAUCACCGCCUCAGAGCAGGCAAAGACCGUCGAGCUUCCGAUCCUCAGGGUGCUGGACAGCGUCGAUGCUAGCCUGCGACUCCCGGCCUUCCACGGGAGCUUCUGGGAGAAAAGCGGAGAUGGAGACCACCUCUGUGUUGUGACGAAUCCAUUGAGCACAUCUAUUCAUGUUCUGCAGGAACAGGCUGAACACCAGCGCCUUCCCGUUCAUGUGGUGCAGCGUAUUGUACGCACUGUGGCCGAUGCGCUCGAAGGCUUGCACGGCGCUGGGAUAAUGCACGGGGCGGUCAAAGCAGACAAUAUUUUGUUCUCGACGGCGACGCAGCCCGAAUUCCUUAAGCCCAUUCUUGACUCGGAGCCAGCACCGACCACUUCCAGGAUUAAAAAACACGUCGCCGUACGAUCACAGCCGCUCAUCCACGAUUUUAAAUGGAACGACAAGCCAAAAAGAGUAGUCGACUGGCCGUUGAUACUCAACAAUUUUGGACACGCCCAAAGUUCGACUUACAAACCAGAGAAAAACGGCGACUACUCUUUUGCCCCCGAAACACUUUUGCAGCAAGCAUCGUGUUCGCCUCAAACUGACAUUUGGAUGCUCGGAAUCAUGACAUUCACUCUCCUUACGGGAGGCCCUCCCUUCUAUCUGACAGGAAACAUUUCGAAGCAAAUAGCCACAUUGAGUGCAGCCCUAGAAGAUGAACUGCCGAAAGAAUGGCUGGGCGACAGUAAAAUGAAGGACUUCAAUACCACGGCCCACGGGUAUGCUCCCUCUCUCGAAUCGGGGCUUGAGGAUGCACUCCACAAGGACGAUGUCGCGGCAGCUACAGCCUUCGUCAAGGGCUGCCUCCGGUUGGAUCCCAAGAAACGGUUUACCUCGACAGAGUGUUCAGAUCACGAAUGGCUAGCUGCGGCUAAUGCUUGCUCUUGUGGAUUUUGUUAA